AAAGGGGUCUGUGUGCUGACUCUGGGCAUUGAUCAAUGGUUAUGCUGAAUUCAAUAGAGAUAAUAUAGAAAACAGUAGGUAUUUGCCGGAUGUCACCGGAGUAGGAAAAGAAAAAUCAUUCUAGACUGAGGAAUCUAGAGAAAAGCCGUUACCGACGCGAGUUCAUAUGUCUGGUAUUCGCGUCACGUCAGCCACGAAGGAGUCAUAUAAAUCGGUAUUACACGGCAGCCCUCUCCUGUUCCCCAAGUACUCGCUAAGGCUGGAAGGGAUGACAACGUCGCCGAAUCUGCAGUGAGUCUGCCCGCUAAUAAUACCCCUGAACGUCUUCGGAGUUUUGCAUGCCUCGAUGACCAAAGUCCCCAAGGACGGGCUUCUGAUGGAUGAACCGUCGGUUUAAUUUUCAAGGAGUAGUAGGAAGUAUUAUCCGGGCGCAUAAAUAACGCCUGAACGGGGGCAAAUUGUUCUUCUUGGCUUCUUUAUCAUAAUUCCCCCCUAUGCUUCCUUUUAUAUUUCCUGACGCUGCCUCUCCUUCUCGGUUAGUUAACCAUGGGAUUCGAAAUGGCCCUUACUGCGCUUGCAGAGUCGGGCUUGUCUCGGGCCAGCGUGCUGGCGCCUCUUCAUGUGUUAUCUUACUCGGCACUUCUCGGAGCGGAGCUGUAUCAGACGUUUAUAAUGACGAAAGUAUGCUACGAGUCGCUACCCAGGUCUGCCUUCACGACUGUUCAGAAGCGCCUCUUCCCCAUCUACUUUCGUGGCCAGGCUGCAUUUCUGCUGCUGACAGCGGUGACCGUUCCGCCUCAUGGACCGUUGACGCUACAGAGCGGCAUGGAUAGCUGGCUGCCAUUCGCCGUGGCGGGGGUCACUGCGCUGUUGAACCUGCUGAUCUACGGACCGAGAACCCGCCAGAUCAUGGUUGACCGGAUCCACCAAGGUCUGAUAUACCUACUCGUUAAGUCCCGAGCGAGUGCCAACUUCGAAGUCGUGAGUUUUAGUAACCGAGAUUUAGAAAGGCGGGAGGGGCGGAAACGAGGCAGCCCAGCCCAGCCGACCGACGACAUGAUGAGGCUCAAUAGAGAAUUUUAUCGAAACCACGCGAUGAGCAUCCAUCUCAACUUAAUUUCCAUCAGCGCCAUGAUUUGGUAGGGUUGCAAAUUGGCGUGGCGGCUGGACGUUUGAAGCCAUGAUCGCGUCGAACAACGGUACACAGCACUACUU